GUGUGCUGAUAAGCGUGUGACCAUGUUUUGUUGUAUUUUUGUUACGAAUAAAAAGUUCGUUUAUACACGUGACAUAUAUAUUUAACUACGCAUAUGUAGAAUUGUAGUCGGACUUUCUCAAAUUUCCAACGAUUCCUUAAAGAGUGAUCGUAACAGUCACGUUUGUAAAUAGUAUAAUAAGUCGCAAAGAAAGAGUUAAACGUUCAAAUUGUUCGUACAUUUGACAACACGGGAUAACCGGUAUGGAGUCUAAUGAAGUACAAGAUGUACUCACUAAUAUUCGAGUAAAAUAUAAAGAAGUACAAAAAUUAUUGGAUGAUCACAAAAUAUUGAGUAUGGAGAAUGAACCGUAUAAAAUAAAAUACCAGGCAAUAAAGGAUUUGCAAGCAAUGGAAACGGAUCUAACUACUGUUUUGAAAAACACGCAUGACAGAGAGAAUAGAUUAAUCAUAAUGUUUGCAGUGUUACAUUUAAAUCUUGGUUUAUUACAUGCAGAUACAGAGGAAUUGAAAGCAGGUGAAGAACGCCUGAUAAGAUGCCUAAAUUUAUUGAAAGACAAAGAGUUGGAAACAGAAGCAGUUUUAAUAGUACUUAGUGCUCUUAAUCAGUUAGGAAUUAUUUGGUCUCAAUGGAGUCAAUUUACAAAAGCCAAAGCUUUCUUAGAUAGAGCAGAACAGAUCUAUAAUGACUACACAGGAAAUGAUAAUAGAGAAUACAGGGAUCCUAUUAGUAUGUUACAGAGUUUUGGUAUUGAGGAAGCUGAACCAAAUCCUAAAGAAGUUCUUGAGAAAAUUCAUACCCUGACAUUGUAUUACUUAGCUCAGGUAUAUAGUUCUUUGGAGGAUCAUUAUAAAUCUGCAAUAUAUUGUCAUAUGACUUUGCGCAGACAAUUAGGCUAUUAUGAUUUCAUGAAAGAUCUAGAUUACAUUGAUUGGGCAUUAAAUGCAGCAACAUUGUCUCAAUACUUUAUGGAAAACGAAGGUUUCACUCAAGCAAGACAUCAUUUAGCAGCUGCAUCUUAUGUAUUACAAAUGUUUGAAAAUACAUUAAAGAAAAAGACAGAGUUUGAGGGAGAAACUGAGGCGAUUGCAGCAGAAUGGGAAAAUUUUAAGCACAGAAGUGCCGAUGUUGCUAGAUGUUGGGCUAAAUAUGGUAUCUUACUUCUAAGUUUAUCCAAACAAAGGCUGUUACAAAAUAGUGAGACAGAGCACGAAAAUAAUCCAGUGAGUAAUAAUGAUACUCUAAAGUUACAAUUAAUGGAGGAUUUGAAAUUUCAUGUUCUGGAGGAACGGAUAGAACCGAUUGUGAAUCAGAUUAGUGAUAAAUAUUUGCUAGAUUUCACUGAUGCUAGAUUAGUAUUUUUAAAUGCCCAAAAAUGGUUGGAACAAGCUAAACUCUAUUACACUUUAGAGGAUCAUGCAUCCGAUCAUAUACUAAUCGUACAAGAUAUUUCGAAAACAUACAAGUACUUAUCAUUCUUUGAAGAGCAUGAAGAUAGACAGGCAAGAAUGCACAAAAGAAGAAUAGAUAUCUUAGAAAAUAUUAUAAAAGAACUGAAUCCUCAAUAUUAUAAGUCAGCUUGUAGACAAAUCUGGAUCGAAUUAGGCGAGACAUAUUCAGACAUUCUUGAGACAAAAAUUCAUCACUUACGAUCCACAAACGAAAGGCCAACGCCACAGGUAUUGGCAAAAAUUAAUCAUUUGGCUAACAGUUCUAUAAAGAAUUUUCAAAUGUUUCUGGACUCUUUAGAAACACGUACAUCUGAUUGUGGAAUGGAACAAUUUCCUGAAGACUUAUUACAACCAGCUUUGUUCUCAUAUUUUCAUCUUGGUAAACUACACAAUAAAUUUAUAUCCCCUGAUAAAACGAUUCAAUUGGAAAAUGUUCAAAAUAGUCUUAAUGCAUACAAAUUUGUAGUAGAUUACUGCGGAAAAUAUCCUAAAGCAGCAGAGGUGGUCAAAGUUGAAUUGAGUCUCUGUAAAGAAUUAGUAAAAUUAUUACCAGUUGAAAUUAAUAGAUUACGAACAGGAAUAAUAAGUUAA